UUUCUUUUUUUGUCACCUUCUCGUUCCUCCCCCUUCUGCGUUGUAACUUGUGUUUGGAAACAUUCUGGAUUGACCGACUCUCGGGAAUGAAUGCCGGAUGAGCAGCGCCCGAAUGGACGCUGUAGUUCCCGUGGACUGGAGAACACGAUCAUCGCGGUUUGAGUUUGGUCGUCACGAGGCGCAGGUGCACAGCAACUUUGUCAGGCAAGAAGUUUAUCUGCGAUAUAUAGCGCUGGAGCUGUACGAGGCGGCGGGACGGCUAGACGAAGCGGAGGAGAUGUGCCGGCGCUGUCUGGCGAUCAUACUGCACCACCUUGAUGUUUUCGUUCAAAGGACGGGGCGACUGGACGAAGCCGAGGUGCUGCUGAAGCGCUGCCUGGUGGUCAAGGAGGCUGCGUUGGGUCGAGAGGACAUGGAGCUCGAUAACACACUGCACCACCUCGGCCGUUGCGUUCAAAGGGCGGGGCAACUGGACGAGGCCGAGGAGUUGUCCAGGCGCUGUCUGGCGAUCCGGGAGGCUGCGCUGGGUGUAGAGGACAUCGAGGUCGGCAAUAUGCUGCACCACCUUGGCGUUUGCACUCAAACGGCGGGGCGACUGGAGGAGGCGGAGCAGAUGUUCCGGCACUGCGUGGUGAUCAGGGAGGCUGCGCUGGGUCGAGAGAACAUCGAGCUCGGCAACACACUGCACCAGCUAGGCCGUUGCACUCAAACGGCGGGGCGACUGGACGAGGCGGAGGAGUUCUUCAGGCGCUGUCUGGCCAUCCGGGAGGCUGAGCUGGGUAGAGAGGACAUCGAGGUUGGCAAUACACUGCACCACCUUGGCGUUUGCACUCAAACGGCGGGACGGCUGGACGAGGCGGAGGAGAUGUUCCGGCGCUGUCUGGCGAUCCGGGAGGCUACGCUUGGUCGAGAAGACAUUGAAGUCGGCCAUACACUGCACCACCUCGGCCUUUGCGCUCAAACGGUGGGGCGACUGGACGAAGCCGAGGCGCUGCUGAGGCGCUGCGUGGUGAUCAGGGAGGCUGCGCUGGGUCGGGAGAACAUCGAGGUCGGCCAUACACUGCACCACCUUGGUGUUUGCGUUCAGAGGGCGGGGCGACUGGACGAAGCCGAGGCGCUGCUGAAGCGCUGCCUGGUGGUCAAGGAGGCUGCGCUGGGUCGAGAGAAUAUCGAGCUCGGCAACACACUGCACCAGCUAGGCCGUUGCACUCAAACGGCGGGGCGACUGGACGAGGCGGAGGAGUUCUUCAGGCGCUGUCUGGCCAUCCGGGAGGCUGAGCUGGGUAGAGAGGACAUCGAGGUUGGCAAUACACUGCACCACCUUGGCGUUUGCACUCAAACGGCGGGACGGCUGGACGAGGCGGAGGAGAUGUUCCGGCGCUGUCUGGCGAUCCUGGAGGCUGAGCUGGGUGUACAGGACAUCGAGGUCGGCAACACACUGCACCACCUUGGCGUUUGCACUCAAACGGCGGGACGGCUGGACGAGGCGGAGGAGAUGUUCCGGCGCUGUCUGGCGAUCCUGGAGGCUGAGCUGGGUGUACAGGACAUCGAGGUCGGCAACACACUGCACCACCUUGGCGUUUGCACUCAAACGGCGGGACGGCUGGACGAGGCGGAGGAGAUGUUCCGGCGCUGUCUGGCGAUCCGGGAGGCUACGCUUGGUCGAGAAGACAUUGAAGUCGGCCAUACACUGCACCACCUCGGCCUUUGCGCUCAAACGGUGGGGCGACUGGACGAAGCCGAGGCGCUGCUGAGGCGCUGCGUGGUGAUCAGGGAGGCUGCGCUGGGUCGGGAGAACAUCGAGGUCGGCCAUACACUGCACCACCUUGGUGUUUGCGUUCAGAGGACGGGGCGACUGGACGAAGCCGAGGCGCUGCUGAGGCGCUGCGUGGUGAUCAGGGAGGCUGCGCUGGGUCGAGAGAAUAUCGAGCUCGGCAACACACUGCACCAGCUAGGCCGUUGCGCUCAAACGGCGGGACGGCUCGACGAGGCGGAGGAGAUGUUCGGGCGCUGUCUGGCGAUCCGGGAGGCUGAGCUGGGUGUAGAGGACAUCGAGUCGGCCAUACACUGCACCACCUUGGUGUUUGCGUUCAAGCGGUGGGGCGACUGGAGGAGGCAGAGGAGCUGUUCAGGCGCCGGCUGACCAUCUCGCUAGCCAAGCUUGGCCGAGAGGGACUCGAGUUGAACCAUACGCUCUACUGCCUUGAUCUUUGUCGAGCUCAGGCCGAGUCCCGUGCAAGAGGCACUUCGAGCGACUUACUGGUUAGUACCACCAGUACACCAUGGUCUGCGGAAUACGACGAGGACAUCAACGAUUGCAAGGUGUGCUUCGACAACGAGAUAAAUUGUGCUUUCAUUCCCUGUGGGCACUACUGCUGCUGCGUCGAGUGUGCCUCUCGCAGCGAUGGAUGUCCCGUGUGUCGCACGGCCGUCACGCAAACGGUCAGGAUCUUCCGGUCCUGACUGUGACCGACAUUGAUUGUCAGUGCCAAGUUUUUGCCUAUGCGUGACAAGUUGCAACCUCUGGCCAUUGCUGUAAGCCACACGAGAAAACCCGGCUAGUAAAAACUAUGACAAGUAGCACCCUCAACAAAUCAGCGCACUGGGAGGGUCCCGAAGCAUCGGGCUGGCAAUGCCGCCCAGAGAAUACGCUGGAAAACGACGGAGGAGAGGGAGCAUGCAUGGUGCAGCAAGAAGUUUCUCGAGUACCUGGUAGAGAAUAGCUUUGAAGGUCUUCACAUGAUUUUAGGAAACAGCGUGAACGUCAGUCGAACAGAUAAAUAUCGUUGUUGGGAGACAGACGCCGUUAAACCGAAAUGGCUCAAGAUUGUCCGGGUUUCAGAGUGUCCUGCAGAAUGCAAUGCAGACGGAACAAGGGGCCAACUCCACUGACGAUUAGCUCGUAACGUCAUUAUGCAGGUCGGAGUUCAUCCUCAAUCAACGCGCUUUCUGGUCCCUGUAGAAAUAGUAGUAGUCGCAGUAGUAGUGGUUCUUGUGUCGUUAUUGUUGUUUAUGCGGUAUUCAAUGAGCGAAUACCCCUGUCUCUGUUCAGUGCCUUCUAAAAGAAUCACCCGUACAGGUUCAACUGAUGCGGACGCCUUCCCUGUUUACCGGCCAAAUACUCCCUAAAGGGUACAUACAACUCGCGUGGCAAAAAACAACCAGCACGAACAAUUGGAGGGGGUCCAACCCC